GUCUGCCUGGGUGCAGAGCAGUUCCUGCAACAGCAACCACCAUGCGGAUGCUUGAGGCUGUUGUCUCCGCAUGGGAGCUAUUGAGUGUGCUCACGGGGUCCCUGGGCUCCCUGUGCAGCAGCCUGGCCUGGCUCUUGUGCUGGCUGAGGGCAGCACUUGUGUUCCCAGGAACCCGGUCCACACAGCAGCAGCAUGUCAGAGAAGGACCUAGGGAGGUCCAGGCAGAGGAUGAGGACGGCCAAGUGCCCACCACGCCCUUGAGCGUCAACUACCACUUCACUCGCCAGUGCAACUACCGCUGCGGCUUCUGCUUCCAUACAGCCAAGACAUCCUACGUGCUGCCCCUCGAGGAGGCCAAGAGAGGACUUCGGAUGCUCAAGGAAGCAGGCAUGGAGAAGAUCAACUUCUCAGGCGGGGAGCCCUUUAUCCAUGACCGGGGCAGGUACCUGGGCGAGCUGGUGAGAUUCUGCAAGGCAGAGCUGCAGCUGCAAAGCGUGAGCAUCGUCAGCAACGGAAGCCUGAUCCGUGAGCGGUGGUUCAAGGAUUACGGUGAAUAUUUGGACAUCCUUGCCAUUUCCUGCGACAGCUUUGAUGAGCAGGUCAAUGUCCUCAUUGGCCGUGGUCAAGGGAAGAAGAACCACGUGGAAAACCUGCAGAAGCUGAGAGCGUGGUGCAGGGAGUACAGAGUGGCCUUCAAGAUCAACUCGGUGAUCAACCGCUUCAACGUGGAUGAGGACAUGAACGAACAGAUCAAAGCACUGAACCCUGUGCGCUGGAAGGUCUUUCAGUGUCUCCUGAUUGAGGGUGAGAAUUCCGGAGAAGACGCCUUGAGAGAAGCAGCGAAAUUUGUUAUUAGUGAUGAAGAGUUUGAAGGAUUCCUGGAGCGUCACAAAGAAGUGUCCUGCUUGGUGCCGGAAUCGAACCAGAAGAUGAAAGACUCCUACCUGAUCCUGGAUGAAUACAUGCGCUUCCUGAACUGUCGGAACGGGCGGAAGGACCCUUCCAAGUCCAUCCUGGACGUCGGAGUCCACGAAGCCAUCAAGUUCAGCGGAUUUGAUGAGAAGAUGUUUCUGAAGCGAGGAGGCAAAUAUGUGUGGAGCAAGGCCGAUCUGCAGCUGGAGUGGUAGAGCCGAAACUUGGCAAGGCCUGGGUUCCCUCGGGCACGCGGCCCCGGGGACUGGCGGCUCAUCCUCUCCACAGCUGAAACCAGUUGCUACACGGCCCUCCAGCCCUUGGAGUUGGCGGGCAUGCCCAUCACGCGAUGACCAAGUCUGUUCGCUUCAUCUACUAAAGGGAGAGAGGAGAAAAAGAAACAGCAACCCCCCUCCCCCCCUCCAAAAAAUAUUGUAAGAACAGCUCAGGAUUUGGGUUUUGAGCAACGUCUGCUCUGACGCGGGCCUUUUUAUCUUGCACUGCUUCUCUCCCCCGGCCCAUGUUUGGCUCAUUUGAUGGAGUCAGUUGUUCUCUCCUAAGGAUGAAGAUGGCAGUGUCACGCCUGGAAAUGUUACAGCCUUGCUCUGGCAAUCUGCUGCUCUGAAGCCUCCUUCCCUCCCUCCCCUUCUGCCGUGGCCAGAAGUUCACCAUGAUCGGAGCCUUUCCAGAGCUGCUUCCAGUCUGGAGCAAGUGCCCGUUGGCGUGAGUCGCCACAGCUCCCGCGUGGUGCCUUCCUGACAGGGCACCUUGCAGCGUCAGAGGACUGAUCAGGCCAAGUCCGGUCCAGCUGGGCUCCUCCAAACCGCUGGGUGUGCCUGCUCCUCAGUGACUACCAACACGCUGGCCUCCCUGUGAGGCGACCGCGGGCUCUGAGAGGGAAUGCUGCUCCGAGACGCAAGCUCCACGUUCACAGAACCUAGAAACUGUUUCCACAAAGGCUGUCACGGGCCCUGGCGAGGACGGAACUUUUAUUCCCUGCAACCUGAGCGCUUGCCACGAGAGGGCGCGUUCGCGUUGCCUUGCAAACAAGAUUGUGACCGUGAAAGGUUUUGUGGAGUGUGUUUGCCUACAUGAUUUUUUUUCUGAGACAUCCUUCCAUUUUUAAGACACCCUAAUUCAAUUGAAGUGUGUUUGUGCCGUGUCCAACAUAGGGCACGUUACCCUGUGCGUGGCAUCUUGUUCACUUGUUAAGGGAAACGUGCGUCUGAAGGUGUUUUCUUGUGUGUGAGCUGUGAUGCCUGCGUGUGCCAGUGUGAGCCUGAGACACCUGUUCUGUCUGCUGCCCAUCCCUCUGCAAGAGGGCAAGUGCCACAGGGCAAGGCAGGCGUGUGUGAGGGCAGAGGCCUCGCCCGGCAGGCACUAGGGGUCCGAUCAACAAAUGAGAACAAAGCGGAACCUGAAACCCACGAGCAUUUUUCUGCAUUUGAGGGACACUACGCUUUUGUUUCCAUGAAGAAAUGUGAGAUUGGACAACGCUGCACUUCAUGGGCUAUUUUAACAACUAUUAACUCUUUUCCCUAUGUAAUGCUAGCAUCUGCAAAUCUUUAUUGAUUAAAACUAUUCAACGCCCCUUUUCCUUAUAAGGGCCAAACAGGGACUUUGAGCAUUACCAUAAGUUCAGAUUAUGUCAUGUUUUGCUUUGCUUUUUUCAGUUUUGAAUUUGAAUGCUCAUUUGUGGACUGUAAUCCUUUUAAUGGUACAACAAAGAAUCAGUAAGCUGGAGAAAUUGAAAAGUUAAAGCAAACUAUUUUGUGGUGCUUCUAAUUAAUGCGUAAGCUGAUACCGGGCUGCUCCUGUGUUACCUCCGUCUAGGUUCUGGUGGAGUAUCCAUCAGCAGAACCCAACGCUGCAGCACUGCUGUGCUUGGCCGUACCUCACCGUGAUUUGCAAGGAUUCUGUUCCCUAGGCUGUGGUUCCUCAGAGACCAGCUGUCUUUGCUGUGUGUAGGCAAGACUUAAAUUUUAGGAAAUACACAUUUCUUUUGCGUGUCUGGUGUUCGUUAGUGACGGCCUAAUGUGCCCUAACAACUCUAAAAAUAUUAAAGUAUUUUUGUACAUCA